UUACUUUAUGUUACACCCAGUUGGAGUCUGGGCAAGAUGUUUGUGACACUCCUUUUGGCCGUCGUGUUAGACGUGACUCAAAAGGUCAGAGCCGUUGCAGAGUGCCCAUGCAUCCACCGUGAGGCUGAUCCACUAUUCCCAGGGGCUGGUGGUUACAGGUGGGACUGUGAAUAUGUGUCGCACGGUCUUACAGAAGUGCCAACCGCCUGCUGGGCCGAGGACUCGAACGUCACACAGGUCUUUUUGGAUUACAACGAAAUUGAGACGGUGCCGAGUGACAGCUUUGUUUCCCUAACUAACGUACGCACCCUCUCCCUGAGGCAUAAUGAAAUCGGCAUUGUGGAGGAAGGAGCUCUUUCAGGGCUCAGCUCACUGGAGUUUCUGGACUUGGCAAGCAACCGCCUCGGCUUUCUUCCCUCCGAAGUGUGGAACCUGAGGGAGCUUUCUCAACUGUACCUCGGUGAUAAUAAUUUUUAUGUCGCUUCGACCUUUAACAUAAAAAAUUUGGUGAACUUGCAAGUGCUGGAUCUCCACCUGAACCACCUGAGUGACAUGCCUCUAAAUAGCCUGGAGCCUCUAACGAAACUACGAAAACUUCAUCUGUACUGGAACAUGUUCGUAAGUCUUCCCGUGAUGACCGAAAAUCAUUUGUUAGAAGAAGUGCUGGUGAACGGCAAUGCUCUGCUGGACUUUCCAAAGUAUAUGUUUGGCAACCUAACGUCACCACUCACGUAUCAUUUUGUGGAUAACCCCGCCUACGACGUUUGGGCCACCAUGCUUCUCCCGCUGCCGGACAAGAGUCAUAUAGUGAUGGGCUCUGAUGUGACCGUAUGGGCUGAGGACGAGCAGCAGGCAGAAGAAGUGCUGCUUAAAGACUGGCUGGUGCAGGACGGCCUUUCCAACACCAUAGACCUCAGUAACCUCUUGAUGAUCUGUGGAGAUAAGAGAAAACAGCCAAGUCCUCGACAGCCACUGUGCUAGUCACAUCAAAUAAAAGACUGCUUCUCUAUAA